AUGAUUGCAAGGACUCGUCUGCUAGCCAUCAGUCGUGCCAUGUCGACCUCGACGCGCUCCCCCACAUGCCCACUAUCACAAUUUUCCGCUUGUGAAAUCUCAGACGCCCUCAUAAAGCUCGGAUCUCCAAACGGAGGAUACAUCCCAGACAUUCACAUGCUCUCCCCAACAUCUCAAGUCAAGAUCUGUGCACCAGCAUACACCGUCCAAAUGGUACUCGCAUCAGACAAUUCAGCCCCAAAGCUCUCCUCCCAUUUCGUAGAUACCGCACCCCAAGGGUCUGUAAUCGUCGUCGACGCCCCACCUCAAACAAAGAAUGCAGUUUGGGGUGGUUUGAUGACUGCGGGCGCACAAGCUCGGGGAGCUGUCGGCGUCAUUAUCUCUGGGCGUUGUAGAGACCUCGCUGAACAUCGUGCAGCGGAUUUCCCGGUCUUUGCGCGUGGCCAUUCAACAGUCGGGCAGUCCCCUUUCGUACGCCCGUCUGGUGUAAACGUCACCCUCACCAUCCAUCCCAAAGAUGCUGGCGAUAGCUCAGACGCAUUCGCUUCUGUCACAGUGACACCAGGCGACUGGAUCGUCGCAGAUGAAGAUGGUGUCGUUUGUGUGCCAGUGGGCAUGGUAGACAAAGUCGCGGAACUUGCUAAGAAGGGACAAGAGAUCGAUGCCAAGUGUAUGGCUGACAUUAAAGCUGGAAAGGGCAUCCAGGCAUCUUUCAAGGAGCACAGGGGCAAAUAG